UUCGAGAACUGUGAUAACAAGAUAUUGUGUUCUUUCUUUCUUAUUCAUAUUACACUAUACUAAUUCUUAUUCUUAUAUAUAUAUAUAUAUAUAUAUAUAUAUAUACACUCCACAACAACAUACUUCCUUAGUUUUUUCCCUAAACACAAGGAAGAAAACACAGGUUAUCAGGCUUUCUUGUUCAGCUUUUUUGUUUCCUUCAUUCUCAUUUUCCUUUUAUUUCCUGUUCAGCUGGAGCAUAUUUUCAGGAUCUUGUUCUUUCUUUCUUUCUUUCUUCAUACUACAAUCCAUUUUCUUCUGCUCUUAUCUUCACUAUGCUCAUAUCAUCCUAUAGCUAACAACAAUUCUCUUGUUUUUGCCUCAAUUAAAACAACAUCAUGAACUGUAUUAUCUCUGUCAUUUUUGUUACUUUUACUAUUCUAUCAAUGACUCAAGUUUUCUAUGCACAAGAAGAAUCUUCUGAUGUUACUCCAAUGGAGAAACAAGAACUUCAAGCUUUGUACUCAACCAUUCAAGGCUUUGUUGGUGAUUCAUGGAAUGGCUCAUCUCUCUAUCCAGAUCCUUGUGGUUGGAGUCCUAUUCAGGGAGUUUCUUGUGAUAUUUUCAAUGGAUUUUGGUAUGUAACAGUUCUUAACAUUGGACCUAUUCAUGAUAAUUCUCUGGUAUGUUCUGAUGAAAAAUUGGAAUUUAGACCAGAAUUUUUUAACCUAAAGUACCUAAAAGUUGUAUCAUUCUUCAACUGUUUUCAAUCACCAAAUAGUCUUCCGGUUUCAAUUCCUACCGGAAACUGGGAGAAAUUAUCCGAGAGCUUGGAAUCGAUUGAAUUUCGAUCGAAUCCAGGUCUUAUCGGAAACAUUCCUCCGUCUUUCGGUGUGCUCAAGAAUCUUCAAUCAAUGGUUUUACUAGAAAAUGGUUUAUCAGGUAGAAUACCUAUAGAAAUUGGAAAUCUUGUGAAGUUGAAGAGACUCGUUCUAUCCGGAAACAAUUUCAGUGGUGAUAUUCCGGAUAAUUUCGGGGGGUUAACAGAUUUGUUAAUCCUUGACUUUAGUAGAAAUUCGUUAUCCGGAACAUUGCCUUUAACAUUCGGGAAGAUGAGUUCGGUUUUGAAGAUUGAUAUCAGUCACAAUUUUCUUGAAGGAAAGUUGCUUGAUGAGUUUUCAAGUCUUAAGAAUUUGACACUAAUGGAUUUAAGGAACAAUAGAUUCUGUUGCGGAUUGGUGAAUUCUUUAGAAGAGAUGAAUUCUUUGGAAGAAUUGGUUUUGUCGAAUAAUCCAUUAGGGGGUGAUAUGAGGAACUUGAAAUGGGAGAAUCUCAAAAAUUUGGUGAUUUUGGAACUGUCUAACAUGGAAUUGAGAGGUGAAAUUCCUGAGUCAUUAUCUGAGUUGAAGAGAUUGAGAUUUUUAGGACUUAAUGAUAAUAAUCUCACAGGUAAAGUUUCACCAAAGUUAGAAUCACUUCCUUCUCUUAAUGCACUUUACUUGAGUGGAAAUAAUCUUAAAGGUGAGAUUCAAUUUUCAAAAGGGUUUUUUGGUAAAUUGGGAAGACGUUUUGGUGCUUGGAGUAAUCCUAAACUUUGUGUUCCACUUGGUGUUAUGUCAUCAAACAAUGUACCAUUUGGGGUGAAACCAUGUCACCAACAAGAUGAAGAGGUUCAUUUGGUGAAAUCUAAUGCAAAAAAAGAGAGGAAAGUUUCUGGUGAUAUGAAUAUGAACAACACUUCCAAUUUCAUAGGCUCUAUGGGAUUUUCUAGUUCUGCUAAUUGUGGUAAUUUAUGGUGGAUUUUUAUGGUUUUGGGUUUAGUGUUUAAUUCUUAUAUAGUUUUUUAAUUAUGAAAUAUGUAACUUGGGAUUUUAAUUAAUUAACCUUUUAGGUGUUUUUUUAUGUUUAAUUAUUUUAGAGUGCAUGACGGUUAUGAAUUAAAUAUUUGAAAGUGAAAUAUGGAGUAGGCUUAUAUAGGUGUUGAGUAUAGGGUGGUACAAAGCUUUUAAUGGACCUUAGGUUUUUAAAGAAGGCUAUUAUGGGUUUGGGUUCAUUGCAAAAGCUAUGGUCUGGCAAUAUGACAGAACUCUUUGCUCAAACAUAGUUUUCAAAGUUGUUUUCAAGGGAGUAAUAAACAUUGUACAAUAAGAGAGGAAAAUUGAAUGUUUCUCAUCUUUUACU